AACAAAUAAAACGAAUAAAAGUGGAUGUAAGCAAUAGUAACACACAGUCACACUGAGAGCUUUAUUUCACUCAGCUACAUUCAAGACAGCAAGACUUACCGGACCAAAGUCAUCAUGGAACGUGAGAGGCCAGUUUCAGUAAUCACAACUGCAUGGGGCAGAUGCUACAAAGUGACCGGAGUGUGUCUGGGCCUGAUGUGUGUUCUCCUGCUGCCUGCCAUCACAGCGAUGCAUGUCACGUUGGAGAAAGAUCAGCCACAGACCAGUGACAACAGCAAGAUGACUGAGAAAGACCAGUUAGAGCAGUUAAAGACCAGUUAUGAGAAACUGAAGAUAGAGAGAGACCAGUUACAAGCCAGUUACAAUGAACUAAUCAUAAAAAGAGACCAGUUACAGACCAGUUACAAUGACCUUGUGACAGAGAGAGAUCAGUUACAGGACAAAGUGAAGGAAAUAACUGAAGAGAAGGACAAACUGGAAGUCCAUUUCAUCCUCACAAGAAUCCUGUUGAACCAGCUAAAGAAGGAGAAAGAAGAACUUCAAAAGAGCCCCACUGAUCCUGGACAUUUCAAGGUUGGAGACCGGGUCAGGGUGAAAGCCUCUGUUACUACUCCACAAUACAAGUGGGGAAGUGCAUCUCACAAGAGUGUUGGUGUGGUUACAGCGGUUGAUGACGAAAGUAUGAUGGUGGAUUUUCCUGAGCAUAAAUCUUGGAAGGCUGCAGUUUCUGAAAUGGAACUGGCUCCCAGUACUGAUUCAGGAUGCAUCAGGGUUGGAGACCGGGUCAGAGUGAAAGCUUCUGUAAGUUCUCCAAAACAUGGAUGGGGAGAUGUCUCUCACAAGAGUGUUGGUGUGGUUACAGCUCUGGAAGGUGAAAGUUUGACUGUAGAAUUUCCUGAGCAAAAAUCUUGGAAAGGUUUAGUUUCUGAAAUGGAACUGACUUCCAGUGCUGACUCAGGAUACUUCAGGGUUGGAGACCGGGUCAGGGUGAAAGCCUCUGUAAGUUCUCCAAAAUAUGAGUGGGGAGAUGCCUCUCACAAGAGUGUUGGUGUAGUUACAGCUAUUGAUGGUGAAAAAAUGACUGUGGAUUUUCCUGAGCAUAAAUCUUGGAAGGCUGCAGUUUCUGAAAUGGAACUGGCUCCCAGUGCUGACUCAGGAUACUUCAGGAUUGGAGACCGGGUCAGGGUGAAAGCCUCUGUUAGUUCUCCAAAAUAUGAGUGGGGAAGUGCUUCUCACAAGAGUGUUGGUGUGGUAACAGCUAUUAAUGGUGAAAAAAUGACUGUGGAUUUUCCUGAGCAUAAAUCUUGGAAGGCUGCAGUUUCUGAUAUGGAACUGGCUCCCAGUGCUGACUCAGGAUACUUCAGGGUUGGAGACCGGGUCAGGGUGAAUGCCUCUGUAAGUUCUCCAAAAUAUGGAUGGGGAGAUGUAUCUCACACAAGUGUUGGUGUGGUUACAGCCGUUGAUGGUGAAAAAAUGACUGUGGAUUUUCCUGAGCAUAAAUCUUGGACAGCCGCAGCUUCUGAAAUGGAACUGGUUCCCAAAGCUGAGACAUUCAGAGUCGGAGACCGGGUCAGGGUGAAAGCCUCGGUUAGUACUCCAAAAUACAAGUGGGGAAGUGUCUCUCACAAGAGUGUUGGCGUGGUUACAGAGGUUGAUGGUGAAAGUUUGACUGUUGAUUUUCCUGAGCAUAAAUCUUGGAAUGGUAUAGUAUCUGAAAUGGAGCUGGCUCCCAGUGCUGACUCAGAAUUCUGUAAAUUCAAGCCUGGAGAUAAAGUACGAGUGAAAGCCUCAGUAGAAACUCCAAAAUAUGAAUGGGGAUCCGCCAGUCAUAAGAGUGUGGGCACGAUCAAAGUUCUGAAAAUGGUGGUGGACUUCCCUGAGCAUUCUGGUUGGACUGCAGAUCCCUCAGAAAUGGAACUGGCUCCAUAACAAGCAAAUAAAGAAGACCAGAUUACAGAGUGAAUCUCCACAACAAAAAAUAUUACCUAAUUCAAAAUUAUUUGCAAGUGAAUCAAUCAAACUGUGCAUGAACUGUAAUCUGAAUGCUGUCAGUAAAAUCAUUAUAUCCUUAAUAAUAUCAUUAUCUGAUUUUGUGCCUCACGAAUGCUUGAACAUUAAUCAAUCGUAUUUGAGUAAGAUUUGUCUGUUUUACCAUCUCACUUAUAAUCAAUGGGACAGUCCUGAUUCUUUACAAUAAAACAUUUUACAUGCC